UAUAUUCCAGGAUAUUACAUAACUUUUAUUCUCUAACUAUGACAAUAUCAUGCAGUGAUAAAUGCAUAGAUUGUAUUAAACACUCCAUUAACAAGGAGGAUGAUCAUGUUUGUGCAUAUUCUGUAUCUCGCUGUGUUAUUGGCGGCUAAUGUCAAAUAUACGGAUAGCCAAGCAAAGAAGGUUGGCGAUACUCGCAAACGUCUUGUGGAGGAUGUAAUUUACUUUGUUACCAGCACGGGACGUGUUCACUGGACAACCAACAAUGAAACAAUCUUGAAUCAGAUUAACGCUUUAAAAACUUUGCAAAGCAAAGUGUUUCAGACUGUGGACGGUUACCGUGGUUACGAAAUAAAUCAGAAGAUUGAUGGCAGUUCAAAAUACUGGAAGAGGAUCCCUAAAUGUACGAAUCCCAGCCUGGAAAUAGAUAUCCUGAAGACCGCCGAUCAGAGUGUGGUCAAUAAGUACCUGAAAGCCUUGAAGAUCCAGUUAGCAUCGUGCCAGGCUAAACCUUGAUUGCGCAUGCGUGGACGAUGAUGAUGAGUUAAUUUGAAAAACGAUUGAUUACAAUAUAUGUAUCGAUGCUCUGUGUGCGUGUGACGUCAAAAACGAUUCAGACUUUAUUGCUUGCUUUGCAAAACGUAAAAACGUUCUGAAAUAACAUUUUUAAGAUAAUAAAAAUACAUGUAUUAUGAUACAAUUGUAUACGAAUAAAUGUGUAUUUUACAAUAAAAUUAUUCAAAAGCAGG